ACCUAAAUUCGCUCGCUCCUAUAUUAUAGAAUUUAGCAAUUUUCUUCACUGCUUAAAAAUAAAAAGAAAAUUCCAACGAUAAAUUUUUUUUUUGUUAAUUCCACGAGGUGAGAGAAUCAAAGAGCCUUCCUCAUUCCCAAUUAAAUCCAGGAAGUCAUAAAUUUUCGAAUCCCUACAUUCCCGCCCUUGAUAUUUUUUUUUUUAAAGUUAGAAUUUCAUUGGCGCUAUGAUCUUUCCGGUUAUUGUUCGCAAACCCUAAUCAUGAGAAUCAAGUAUCAGACUUGAAAUUUGAAUUUAGGUUUGUGCAAAUUUCUGCAACAUUCAGUGAAUUCUGGAUUGUGCUUUGUUAGAACUAACGCAACUUCAAAUCCAAGCUUUCUGUCUCUGAUGAUGACAUAAGCUUCCAAAGUUGCGCACGUUCUCCUUUCUAUAUUACGCAAAGAGACAUUCGCCAUUGUCGGUUGCUGGUUAUUGAACGCCAAUUCUGUUGGUUUAGUCUUCAAAUCCUGCCAAAAUCGCCGCUCUCCGCACCACCGUUCGUAAUCUCUAGAUCUGAAACUUCUUAGCAGUGCAGAUUUAUGUAUCCACUUGGUUUUACAAGACACUUUUGAUUAUAUGCGACAGCAAAGCGAAAAUCGGUGAUAAAUUGGCUGCUCUGUUUUCGAAUCCAGAUCUCUAAGGAUACGGCUGCUUUUGAUUAAUUGCCGCGGCCAGUGGAAAAAGCAGGACGAGACGGGAAAUAAGACUAUUAUUGCGAACAAAAAGCAAGGAAGAGACGAGCAUGAUGGAGCUUUAUGGAGCACUUUAGAUCUCGUGCGUUCACUGCAUUAAUGGCGGAAACUAAUGGCUUCCUUAUUGUUUUAGAUCCUCUCGAUUAAUAAUGUUCGUUUUAUCUCGUGGAGCUUCAUAAAAAAAAACGGUCGUUAUCUUCGAUUGCACAUCGGUUUGGAAUCGGAAGGCGAAGCAAAACGACAAAGCGGGCGGUUCGAAGUAGGCACAAGAAGGACAAAGCUGAUCGGGCACUGGCUGGAAUGGAAAAGCUAAUUCAAAACGAUAGUUACCAAAGAGGUUAAACAUUUAAUGGUGGGGAUCGUUAGAGGCCGGUAGUGCUUAACAUCCGUUUGGUAAGACUGCAUGUUCAGCUGAAUCAGCUCUCAUGGCUUUCUCCAUCAAACCACGUUCUCCUGCCUCUUCAUGAUCAGUUCUAAUUCCAUCAUCACUCACGAUUUUCUGGAGAUAAGGGCUGAUCUGUAAGAUACUGUGUUCACCGGUAGAAACAGAGUGAACAUCAACGCCUGAUAGACAUGAGUACUGUGUAUGGGAAGUGCUGGAGCUCUUCAAAGGAGUCUUGGAGGACCACUCUGCUCCUGGCUUACCAAAGCCUUGGUGUGGUGUAUGGGGACUUGAGCAUUUCCCCCAUAUAUGUUUACAAGAGCACAUUUGCAGAAGACAUUAAACAUUCAGAAACAAACGAAGAGAUUUAUGGUGUUCUUUCUUUUGUCUUCUGGACUCUCACUUUAGUUCCUCUAUUCAAGUAUGUCUUUGUUGUCCUUCGAGCUGAUGACAAUGGAGAGGGUGGUACAUUUGCCCUGUAUUCUCUGAUAUGCAGGCAUGCAAAAGUAAGCCUUCUCCCCAAUAGGCAGGUGGCCGAUGAAAAACUCUCUACAUAUAAAUUUGAGAACCCACCGGAGAAGAAAAACAGCUCAGGGAUGAAAAUGGUGCUGGAAAAGUACAAGGUCUUGCACACUGCUUUGUUAAUAUUGGUUCUUCUUGGUACUUGUAUGGUAAUCGGAGAUGGCCUUCUAACUCCUGCUAUUUCAGUUUUUUCUGCUGUAUCUGGCCUUGAGUUAAGCAUGUCUAAAGAAUUCCACCAGUAUGCCGUGGUUCCCAUCGCUUGCUUUAUAAUAUUGUGUCUGUUUGCCUUGCAACAUUAUGGCACACAUCGGGUUGGAUUCAUUUUUGCGCCGAUUGUGUUGACUUGGCUGCUAUGCAUUAGUGCCCUUGGCUUAUACAAUAUAGUCCGCUGGAAUCCACACGUGUACGAAGCCCUUUCCCCUUACUACAUGUACAAAUUCUUAAGGAAGACAAGGAAAGCUGGGUGGAUGUCUCUGGGUGGAAUUUUAUUGUGCAUAACAGGCUCAGAGGCAAUGUUUGCUGAUCUUGGACACUUCUCAUACACUGCAAUUCAGAUUGCAUUCACGUCUCUGGUGUAUCCAGCCCUUAUAUUGGCAUAUAUGGGUCAAGCAGCUUACUUGUCAAAACAUCACAACACCAUUUAUGAAAUCAGCUUUUAUGUCUCAGUUCCAGUAAGUGUUAGGUGGCCAGUCAUUAUAAUAGCAAUCCUUGCUUCUGUUGUGGGAAGCCAAGCGAUCAUCAGUGGAACAUUCUCUAUCAUCAACCAGAGCCAAUCACUUGGCUGCUUCCCAAGAGUCAAGGUUGUUCAUACCUCUGACAAGAUACAUGGACAGAUCUACAUCCCGGAGAUCAACUGGAUGCUCAUGAUCCUUUGCAUGGCUGUGACCAUUGGGUUUAGGGACACAAAACACAUUGGGAAUGCAUCAGGGUUGGCAGUGAUGGCAGUAAUGAUAGUAACAACAUCGCUUACUGCCUUGGUCAUAGUCCUGUGUUGGCACAAACCCCCCAUUGUUGCUCUUAUCUUCCUACUUUUCUUUGGCUCCAUUGAACUACUCUAUUUUUCUGCUUCCCUUACCAAGUUUCGCGAGGGGGCUUGGCUUCCCAUCCUUCUAGCCCUCAUCCUUAUGACAGUCAUGUUUGUUUGGCACUAUGCCACUAAUAAGAAGUAUGAGUUUGACCUCCACAACAAGGUCUCAUUGGAAUGGCUUUUAGCUUUGGGUCCAAGCUUGGGAAUUGCUCGUGUCCCUGGAAUUGGAAUAGUGUUCUCUGAUCUCAUCUCUGGUAUUCCCGCAAACUUCUCCCGCUUCGUUACCAAUCUUCCGGCCUUCCACCGUGUCCUUGUGUUUGUGUGUGUGAAAUCUGUACCCGUCCCUCAUGUGCCACCGGCUGAGCGCUAUCUUGUGGGCCGUGUGGGCCCUGCAGCUCAUCGAUCCUACAGGUGUAUUGUCCGUUAUGGGUACCGUGAUGUCCACCAGGACAUUGACUCGUUCGAAUCAGAACUUGUUGAUAGACUGGCUGACUUUAUCCGGUAUGAUUGGUCUCGCACAAAGGGAACUGCUUCAUGUUUUGAUGAUGAUGGGUCCCGAUCCGGUGAAUCAUCAUCGAGUGAAUGUAGAUUGACAGUGAUUGGUAUGGUGGCAUUCUCUGGCACUCCAGCUUAUGAGGAGAGUUUGCAGCCUGCUAGUGUAUCCGUAGGGUUUUUGACAGCUGAAAGCGUGACGGAUGUUAUAGAGAUGGAUCCUGUUGGCGGUGUUGAAAGAAGGGUAAGAUUUGCUGUUGAGGAUGACUUUGAAAUGAGCACCCGAUCUGAAAUGGAAAUGCAAUUGCGAGAAGAGCUGGAAGAACUGUGUGCAGCUCAACAGGCUGGGACUGCAUUCAUACUUGGGCACUCCCAUGUUCGAGCAAAACAGGGAUCAUCUGUCUUGAAGAGGUUGGCAAUCAAUUUUGGGUACAAUUUCCUGAGGAGGAAUUGCCGGGGACCAGAUGUGGCUCUUAAGGUGCCACCAGUAUCCCUCCUUGAGGUUGGCAUGGUUUAUGUUGUGUGAGCUGUGCACAAUACUAGUUUUGUCUGGCUCGAGUUAUUUGAGAGGGAACUUGUAAGGGAAGAGAACUGAGCAAGGAACGAACUGUGCACAUUUGCUGAGGACCAGGUUUGUGCUAUAUAAGGGGAAAAAUGGCUUUUCCUCGGAAAGGAUGCAUUUCCAUCAUAUGCAUAAAGAUUAAUAGUCAUAUGCACUUAAAAGUAUCAGUAGCAUGUAAAAUCUUUCUUCUGUGUGUAAUGUGCCUGAAUUUUUCAGGCUAAUGGUCAAAUGCAUUUUCAGCAUCAGCUACAUGUAAAAAAAUCUCCUUUUUCUGUGUAA